ACUCUCCGGCGACCAGAAGUCUCGCAAUUAUAGUGUAAGAACAGGAGAUAACCGGAAUCUUCUUGCAAGAUUCCUCACACCUUUCGAUUAUUUAAAGCUCUUCACUAAUGGCUGUUUCUCAUCAUCCGCUACAACUGAAUUCGAAUUUGAAGGAGCCGCUCUGUCGUCGACAAUGGACAGUUUCUAGCACCUCCAAAGUUUUGUCAAAAUUCGAACUCCGAUCCUUUUCAGCUUCGUUCUUCUGCAGUUCAGUUCAGAUAUCGGUUGUGAUGAGACGCUUGGAAUUUCUCUGCCUGGGAAUAUUAUGGAUUCUAGCGGCACUGCAACAAGUCAAAUCACAUGGAAGCCAUCCUUUCUCGAAAAUUGCCAUUCAUAAAUCUACAUUCGCUCUUAAUGAAAAUGCUGGUGUUAAAGCCUCUCCAUCUGUUCUUGGAUUGAAGGGCGAGAAUACAGAAUGGGUUACAUUGAAGUAUAGUUCUCCAAACCCGUCCUCUGAUGAUUGGAUUGGAGUAUUUUCUCCAGCCAAUUUCAGUUCUUCUUCCUGCCCUAUGGAUAAUCCAAGAGUGUAUCCACCAUUAUUGUGUUCUGCACCUAUCAAGUUUCUGUAUGCCAAUUACACAAAUCCCAAGUACAAAACUACUGGACGAGGGCUUUUGAAACUUCAGCUGAUAAACCAGAGAUCCGACUUCUCGUUCGCAUUAUUUUCUGGUGGUUUAGCAAAACCGAAGGUGGUGGCAAUAUCAAACCGAGUAACUUUUGCAAAUCCUGAUGCACCACUUUACCCACGCUUGGCACAAGGAAAAGAUUGGAAUGAAAUGACUGUAACAUGGACAAGUGGAUACGGAAUUGAUGAGGCUGAACCUUUGGUUGAGUGGAGCCAAAAUGGAAAAGACCUUAUGCGAUCCCCAGCGGGCACACUGACUUUUGAUCGUAACAGCAUGUGUGGUGCACCUGCAAGGACAGUGGGAUGGCGGGACCCUGGAUUUAUACACACCAGUUUUCUCAAGGAAUUGUGGCCCAAUAAUGAGUAUACAUACAAAUUGGGACAUAGAUUAACCAAUGGCUCAUAUAUUUGGAGCUCGACAUAUAAGUUCAGAGCCCCGCCUUAUCCUGGUCAAAAUUCGUUACAAAGAGUUGUUAUUUUUGGUGACAUGGGAAAGGAUGAAGCUGAUGGCUCUAAUGAAUUCAACGAUUUCCAGCAUGGCUCUCUCAAUACUACUAGAACGCUUAUACAAGAUUUGAAAAAUAUUGAUAUCGUUUUCCACAUUGGAGAUAUAUGUUAUGCGAAUGGAUAUCUUUCUCAGUGGGAUCAGUUCACUGCACAAAUUGGGCCAAUUGCAUCAACAGUGCCUUACAUGAUUGCUAGUGGUAACCAUGAGCGUGACUGGCCAGGGAGUGGAUCCUUCUAUGACACCAUGGAUUCAGGGGGAGAAUGUGGUGUAGUGGCUCAAAAUAUGUUCUAUGUCCCUGCUGAGAAUCGGGAAAAGUUUUGGUAUGUCUCAGACUAUGGUAUGUUUCGCUUCUGCGUUGCCAACACAGAGCUUGACUGGAGAGAGGGAACAGAACAAUAUAAGUUCAUAGAGCACUGUCUAGCAUCUGUUGAUAGGCAAAAGCAGCCAUGGCUAAUUUUUCUGGCACAUCGUGUGUUGGGUUACUCUUCUUGCACAUUUUAUGCUGAGCAAGGGUCAUCUUCAGAACCAAUGGGCCGUGAGAGCCUUCAAAGUCUCUGGCAGAAAUAUAAGGUUGAUCUCGCUAUAUAUGGCCAUGUGCAUAGUUACGAGAGAACAUGUCCCAUCUACCAGAAUAUUUGUACCAACGAUGAGAAACACUACUAUAAGGGCGCCUUGAAUGGAACAAUUCAUGUCGUUGCUGGUGGUGGAGGUGCAAGCCUUUCACCAUUUAUCACACUCCAAACAAAAUGGAGUAUUUACAGAGAUUAUGAUUAUGGAUUUGUCAAGCUUACUGCAUUUGACCAUUCAAACCUUUUGUUUGAGUACAAGAAGAGUAGUGAUGGAAGGGUUUAUGAUUCUUUCAGACUAUCAAGGGAUUAUAGGGACAUUUUAGCCUGUGCAGUUGAUAGUUGCCCCAGCACGACACUGGCUUCGUAACACGGUGUUCGACCAUGCAACGAAUGGUACAAGUUCUCUCUGCUUAUUGUUUGGUGCAUUAGGCUGUAUCGUCAUCUACAUAUUACCAAUAUUAAGCCUUUUUAGCAGGUUUCGUCUAGCCGAACGAACCGAUGCUUUCAUGUAUGCAUAAAAUCAUAUGCAAGACACACAGCAACUAUUUAUUAUCGGAUGAAAUGUCAUUUUUCUGUCUUUGUUUCUGCCAUGAAA